AUGGCAAAACCGCAAAGUGCUUGCCUCGCAUUCCCAACUGGAACUGUGUGCCUGGGUGUUUCUGAGUAUAAUCAGGCAAGAGCCUGUAGGGACUUGCUGGUGAUAACAAGGAGGAUCAUCAAGAAAUAGUCAUGGAAAUAUUGGAAAUUCUUUUAUGAUUGAUCCCAUCUUGGGCUCUAUAAAAACUGCCAAAGAAUUAGAUCGAAGUAACCAAGUGGAAUAUGAUUUAAUGGUGAAAGCUACAGAUAAAGGCAGUCCACCAAUGAGUGAAAUGACUUCUGUGCAUAUCUUUGUCACGAUUGCUGACAAUGCUGCUCCUAAGUUUACAUCAAAAGAAUACUCUGUUGAAAUUAGUGAAAUUACCAGCAUUGGGAGUUUUGUUGGACUAGUUAUAGCCCAUAGUCAGUCAUCAGUGAUAUAUGAAAUAAAAGAUGGAAAUAUAGGUGAUGCUUUUGAUAUUAAUCCACAUUCUGGAAGUAUCAUCACUCAGAAAGCCCUGGAUUUUGAAACUUUGCCCAUUUAUACAUUGACAGUCCAGGGAACCAACAUGGCUGGUUUGUCCACUAAUACAACUGUUUUAGUGCAUCUACUAGACGAGAAUGACAACUCGCCAGUUUUUAUGCAGACAGAAUACUCAGGACUUAUCAGUGAAUCAGCUUCCCUCAACAGUGUAGUCCUGACAGACACGAAUAUCCCACUUGUUCUGAUUAUCCCAGGCAUUUUCCCCUCUAUUACUUGGACCCCUGGUAUCUCAUUUUUCUAAUUGUAAUAUUUUCAGAGUAAUCUCCCUGUUUACCUGCUUCUCCUCUGAGUGGCUUUCCCCCUUCCUUUUGAUUGGCCUUGAAGUCCUUGGCACUUGGAAGCUUUCCUCUGAGCUGUUGAAAGCUGCAGGUGGAGCUUGCUAACUCCUGGGCUUCCCUGCAGGGAGGCUGUUUGCUUUGCCCAUUUUCUGCAGGUCUUUUCCUUGAAGAGACAGGUUUCUCUAGAGGAGGGGAGGAAUCCUCUUCUCCCAGCCUGAGAAAUGUGGCUCUUUGAAGUCAGCUACGGGAAAUGAGGGUGUUAUCAUUCACUUCCUGUUUGCUUCACUUUGCCCUUUGUCUCCAAAUCAGCCCUGGAGAGAGCAGAGAAUCCAGGUCUACCUGCUUGAGUAUUACAGCCUACUACACCCUGCUGUUCCUCUUCCCAUUGUGCGUAACAAAUUGACCUGUUAACAAGGCCUUCUCCACCUCUACCUGUGGUCCAUUUGGAGUUGACAAUACCUCUUGGUUGCAUUAAAAGUGGAGUUUGCUUUUUUUUUUUUUUUAAAGCUCUGUCCUUUUUCUGUUCUGGAUUUUUUUUAAAAAAAUCAUUUAUUUUAAAACUUUGUUGUUGGAUGACUUUCAAGAAAAAAAGGGGGGCAGAGAUUUUAAUACUCUACCAUCUUAAACUGAAAGUCUGUAAUAAGCUCUUAACUAUCAGUUUCUAGUUCCAGAAAGAACUGAUAUAUGAAUUUUCUAUCGCACCAUAGCAAAUGAGCAUACAUUUAGUGGUUUAAAAUUACCCCUCUUUAUUAGCUCUAGUUUUGCAUAUAGAAACCCUGGCAUGGUGUGACUGGGUUCUCUGCUCAGUCUCACUAGACUUAAGUCAAAUUUCUAGCUGGUCUGUGGUUUUGCUGAGGUCUUAUGUCACGGGAGAAGAGAUGUCUCUGGGAAAGGGCCCAAGGAGUUCCCAGAGGGGAGAGAGACCCUACUGGUCCACUCAGGACCAGUAGGGUUCUUAGCAUAAGUGAUGGAAAAGAAUUUCAGCACAAGUCAGACAAAGACUCAGGUUUAUUCAGGAAGGCAGAUAAACAUUUAAGGGAGAAUGCAGACUUGUCUCAAGCGAGAAGCAGCCCUGACUUGGGCCGGGGUCCAAUAUUUAUAGAAGAGCUGUAUUGAGGGCUGGACUGGGGGUGGAUCCUGGGUGGAGCUGCACAAUGUCAUGCUAGUUUUCCCUGCGCUUGAGUAUUUCCCUCAUUUUACAAGGGCAUAUUGUUCAAGAUUUACAACUAUGUUUUCUAUGUCUCCGUGGCUUGUGGGUGUUUUCUUUAAGAUUCAGUAUUUCUCUCUCUCUAUCUAAUCCCUAUCUCAGGUCCACUCCAAGCUCUCAGGGUUGUUGGCACAAGUUGGUUCCUUGCAAUCGUAGAACUGAGGUCCUCUUUUCCUGCUAUCUGGCCUGAGGUUCCCUCUUCCUUGACAGCUUCUUUGCUUGGGUUUUGGCCCUCUCACAACAUGGAAGCUUGCAACACACUUAAGUAUGUACAAGAUUUCACCUGCCCGAGUCAGGUGGUCCACCCAAAAGAUCAGAAAUCUUCCUUUGGAUUAACUGAAAGUCAGCUGAUUAGUGUCCUAAUCCAGGAAUUCCCAUCACAUUCACAAGUCACAUCCAUACCCGUGGAGGUAGUUAUACCAGGUCCCCAGGAGUCAUCUUAGAAUUCUACUAUCACAUUGGACACUGUUAUUUUUUCUUAUUUCUUUUUUGUUUGUUUUUGGCAAUACUUUGAACUUCUAAAUAAACAGAUGGCAUUUUAAAUUGAA